AGGAUAUGAUGGGGCUUCAAAUAUGAGAGGUGAGUUUAAUGGUUUACAAAGAAAGAUUCUAGAUGAAAACCCUUAUGCUUUCUAUGUCCAUUGUUAUGCUCACCGUUUGCAAUUGGUGGUUGUGUCUGUUGCUAGUAGUUGCUCAUCUAUUCAUGAUUUCUUUGAGUACAUCUCCUUGAUUGUAACCACAACAAGUGCAUCUUGCAAGAGAAAGGAUGCUUUGAAGGAGGCACAACACCAAGAUAUUUUGAAUAAACUUGAGAGUGGUGAGAUCUCUCAAGGAAAGGGCUUGCACAAAUCAUCUAGUCUCGCUAGACCCGGAGAUACUAGAUGGGGUUCAUAUUAUACUACCUUGAGUCGUUUGUAUCAGAUGUGGUCCUCCGUGUUAGAUGUGCUUAGUAUUGUUGAUGAAGAUGGAAGUGGACCAUCUCAAGCGGCGGGUUUGAUAGAAAAAAUGGAGAGCUUUAAAUUUGCUUUCAUUUUGAAGCUUAUGUUAAAGUUGUUUGGUAUCACUAAUGAACUUUCAAAAAUCUUGCAAACAAAAGAUCUUAAUAUUGUGCUUGCUAUGGAAUUAGUUGAUGAUGUUAAAGCUCGAUUGGCUAUAUUGAGAGAGAGUGGUUGGAAUGAUUUAUUUAGUGAUGUCCAAGAAUUUUGUUUUACUCAAAGUAUUCCAGUGCCAAAUAUGGAUGAAGAAAUACCGGUUCGGGGACGUUCAAGAAAAGAAGGGAGGACUGUCACUAAUCUUCACCAUUACUGUGCAGAGAUUUUUUAUGUUGCUAUUGACAAAAUAUGUGUGGAGAUGGAUCACCGGUUUUGUGAAGGAAGUAACGUUAUGUUGGAUUGUUUCUCAUGUCUUGACCCUAAGAACUCUUUUUCCAAGUUUGAUGUUGAUAAGCUUGCUCGUCUUGCUAAUAUUUAUCAUACAGACUUUUCUGAUGAUGACCGUGGAACAAUAAGGGAGCAACUUGAGACUUAUGUACAUCAAGUAAAAAGGCAUGCUUCUUUUACUUCUUGUGAAGAUGUUCAAAGUUUGGCUAUGAAGAUGGUUCAAACUGAGAAAUAUUUGGUAUUUCCAUUGGUUUACAAGCUCAUUGAGUUGGCUUUGAUAUUGCCGGUGUCGACAACAUCCGUUGAAAGAGCUUUUUCAGCAAUGAAGAUUAUCAAGUCUAAUUUGCGCAACAAGAUCAACAACGUAUGGUUCAAUGACUUGAUGAUAUGUUACACCGAGCGAGAGAUAUUCAAGUCACUUAAAGAUGUUGAUAUUAUUCGAACAUUCACCGCAAAGAAGUCUCGGAGAGGG